AUGUCCGCAGCAAGUAACCGGCACUGGCUGCUCCGGGGCCUGCAGGAGCGUCUAUUGGCCGGUACUGGGAGAGCAUUCACGUCGUUUGCCUUCUGGCAUUCUUAUCGCUUCGUUGGCAACUUCCAGGCCUGUGCGGAUCCAUGGGUAUACUACCAGCCCGGAAUCGCAUUAAAGAGCUCAGGGUGGGAAGGCAACCUGGGUCUCCUGUCCCGCGGCCUACAGCUUCCUCGGGUGUCCGAAGCGAUGAUUCAUGCGGAGAUCGCCAGCCAUGCGUGGAUGCGAGGGGACCUGUGGGGUCCAGGGUCGCACAGGGAGGCUCAUGGCGAUGAUAUCUUCACUACCCGUCUGGUAACGCUGUGUGAUAUUGGCCUGUCGUGUGCCCUCAUUGGUAUAUUCCUCCCUCCACCCUUAUCCACCCUAUCACUGGCUGUCUGUUGGUUCACAUAUUGGAUCCUUAAACGUAGCUGUGGUACCUUCCUUAACCUGCAGUGGGAUCAGCUCCUUCUUGAGUGCGCCGCUCUAGGAUGUGCUCUUUCGGUGCCUCCUCUACGUCUUGGUGCUAUUUGGAGUCUGCGGAUAUUGCUAUUCAAGUUGAUACUAUCGUCUGGUCUUUGCAAGGUUCUUUCGGGAUGCCCCAAGUGGUCGUCAUUGACGGCUAUGGAUUAUCACUUCUGGACACAACCCUUGCCCACUAUCAUUGGCUAUCACAUAAAUCGAAAGCUGACUCCUAGGAUUAGCCGUUUAAUGGUCUGGUUCACCUUGUUCGUACAGCUUUUCCCGGUUCCAUGGCUCCUUCUCCUCCCUUAUCCCUUCGAGGCGAUAGGUGCCCUGUGGAUCAUUCUGUUGAUGAUAUUGAUCGCCUUCACAGGCAAUUACGGCUUCUUCAAUUAUCUGACGUGUGCCCUCGCUUCCUCGGUAUCUUACCAUGGAACUUCUCGGGAUGAUCCUUAUCGCCUCGUAGAUGUGAUUUCUAUUUGUUAUGGCCUUGUUGUUGGCCUCGGAGUUGCCCAGCCUCUAUUGUACACCCUAGAUCCCAGCCAUCCAGCUUGUGCUUGGGCAUCGACCGUGAGUCAACAUUUGCGUCCUAUGGCCGUUGGUAGUGGAUAUGGAUUGUUCGCGCGUAUGACAACGUUCCGCAUGGAGCUCAAUUUUGAGGCUGAGGUUUCACCCGGUGGUCCUUGGAUCGAGAUUGCCUUCAAACACAAACCAGUAGAUCCUAAGAAUCCACCCUACUUCCUUCCGGUUGGCCACAUGCCCAGACUAGAUUGGCGGAUCUGGUUCGUUCCUCUUGGCCUUAUGCGAGGUGCUCCGAUGCCUACAUGGGUUGAUACGUUCAUUGAGAGGAUGUUGCAGAACGAACCCUGCGUUGUGGAUGGUUUACUCCCUCAUCAGUCAUUCGAAUGGGCACGGGUCUCCCGUAUACGCGUUGUGCUGUGGAACUAUACCUUUGGCGACGAUGGAUGGGCGAGAGAACGACUUGAGGUGAACUUGUGUUAUUCGUCAGACUCUGUAUGUUGCAUCAUUGGGCCCACGCAAGGAGCUGAUUUGCAGAAGCCCUAA